AUGAUUACCAGCAUCAGACAGUGGACUUGGUACAUCGCAAAACUCAGUGAUGAUGCCGACUACGAUGCCGGCGAAACGUUUGAGAAGAUACCAAGUCCACUGUCUGAUGCUGGGAAUCAUGACAACUACCAUGGCAGACGACUUCGGACUUGGUGCGUUCUACUAAGUCGCCCUGACAACAAGACCAAGUUGCGACAACGAGGCAAACCCACUUCUGAAAAUCUUCUGUUCAACCGUUGUAGCAUCACUCCUCGCACCUAUUUUCAGUUUUACCUUCUAGUGCCGCAUCUCUUUCUCUCAACCCAACUUCACUUAUUGACACAAUUCUGUGCUGUCACUUCCUUCACUGUCGUCUUAGAGUGUGUCGCUACUAGUCGGUUUAGCGGAGCGUAA